UUACUGAUGAAUGAUUCAAAACAUUAGGAAACUAGAGAGGUGGUACCAAAAGUUGAAAAAGCAAGAGCUUUAAAGUUGAAAAAAAUAAAAUUUCCCCAAAGUGGGUGCAACUUUUGCACAGUUUUAAACAGAGAAAGUUCUGUGGCACUAUGAAAAAAGUGGGAGAUUGUAGCAUGAGGAAAACUAGGUAGACUUGGAAGUGUAACACGACAAAAAUGGCUUCAUCCACCUUUGCCUUUACUCUCAUUCUGCACGUUUUUAUUAGCAAAGUUAAAAUAUCACUAUAAAUACUUGAGUCACUUAAGUCAUUAUAUAUCUUGGAGUAUAUUAACAAAUGCAGUUGCAUUUCAAUUUCAGGUUGUUGCAAGUUUUUAUUAGCAAAGUCAUUAUGGAAAAAUAUCAAUUUCAAAUAUCAUUAUCUUUUUCUUUCAUCACCAACAUCUUUAUAUUUCUCCCACUCUUUUUAAGCCUAUUUCAUAUUGCUGCAGAUGAAAUGUACACAUCUUGUGCACCUUUUAGAUGCGGUGAUUUUACUAAUAUUACCUAUCCUUUCUGGAACCUUAACACACAAUCUAGCUAUUGUGGACACCCUGAGUUUAUGGUUGAUUGCCAAAAUGGUAGAUUGACUAUGGAAAUGAUGUCCCAAAAGUUUUACAUCCUUCAUAUAAAUCAAUCUUCUCAAGUUUUGAGGAUUGCAAGAGACGAUUUAUGGGGUUUUCUUCCUGGUGAUAAGCUCUCUUGUCCCAAACAUUAUAUUAAUGUGAAAAUAGAUUCUCAUUUCUUCCAUUACACUUCCAACAAUGAAAUGUAUACUAUAUUGUAUGAGUGUGGUUCUCUUCCAAAUUCAUACUUUUCUCCCUCGUUUCAAAUUUCUUUUGAAGUAAUGGAUUGCUAUAUAGAGGGAAAAUUCAAUAGUGUAUACAUAGUAUCAAAUUCUAAAUUGGCUGAUUUUAGUGCGGUGAAGUGUGAGAAUAGUAUUGAAGUUCCUGGAAAAUACAACUCUUUACCAAACAAAUCAAGUGGUAUGAAGGAUAUUUUAGUUGAAGGAUUUGAGGUGAGAUGGAAUGGUGUGGAGGAAGACAGGUGCCAUGCUUGUACAAAAUAUGGAGGGAGAUGUGGAUAUAAAAGAGAAGAAAAUGCAUUUAUGUGUCUCUCUAAGAGAUCCGACACAUCAAAAGUUCCAUCAAGAACAUGGAAUUGGAAAAAGAAACUCAUCGUUGGUGUUAUUUCUACUGUGUUAGCAGCUCUUGCUGUCAUCACAUCCAUUUACUUUUAUGAGCGCCAUAAUAUAAACUCUCGCAACCUCUCCUUACAACCAUUUAGACUUGACAGUCAACGCAUUAGCAAGAGUCAAAACUUUGGAGUCGAACACUUCAUCUUUAAAGAUCUUUACAAGGCUACAAACAACUUUGACAAAAAACUAGGAGAUGGAGGCAGUGCAGAAGUUUUUUAUGGCAAACUACUAGAUAGGCGUGAAGUUGCAGUGAAAAGGUUUUUUAAAUUCGGACUUAAUAAAGAAAAACUAUUUCUUAACGAAAUAAAUAUACUAGCAAGAACUGUUCAUCCAAAUCUCGUCUUGUUACAUGGUUGCACAUCACUCAAAAGUCGUCGAGUUUUGGUCGUCUACGAGUAUGUUCGUAAUGGAUCUUUGGAUGAUCAUCUUCACGGUGACAAAGCAACACCUAAUAAUCUUCCUUGGAACAUUAGGAUGAGGAUUGCCGUGGAGACAGCAGGUGCAUUGAGCCAUCUCCAUGCUUCUAAUAUCGUUCAUAGGGAUAUUAAAACUAAUAAUAUUCUGUUAGAUGCUGAAUACCAUGCUAAAGUAGCUGAUUUUGGAUUCUCGCGCCCUUUUCCUGAUGAUCAAAGUCGUGUUUUCACAAAUCCACGAGGGACAUCAGGCUAUGUAGACCCCGAGUACAAUGGAACUCAUAUACUUAGUUAUAAAAGUGAUGUGUUCAGUUUUGGAGUAGUGUUGAUUGAGCUCAUAACAUCUUUGCGUGCUCAUGAUCGCAAGAGAAAGGAUGAUGAGGUCAACCUGUACGACAUGGCUAUUAACAGAAUUCAAAAUCAAACUUUGCAUGGUAUUGUGGAUCAUACCCUCGGUUUUGAUACAGAUUCCAAGGUAAGGCAAAUGAUUAAUGGUGUUGCUGAGUUAGCAUUUCGGUGUCUCCAAAGUUCCUGUGAUAUGAGACCGACAAUGGAAGUUGUGCUCCAAUGUUUAAAAAAUCUCCAGGAUGAGAAUGAAGCGCCGGCAGUUCAAGUCCAAAUGAUGAAAUAGUGUUGUUGUAAACGACUAUAUAAUACAAAAUUCUAGGGAUUGAUUUUAAUGUUAUCAUGUCUCAUUUUUUUUCUUCUUAGGCUUGAUAUCAUACAAGACUCCUUUCUUA